AUGAACUCCACAAUUCAACAGCUGGAGCUUCAGGGAAACGCUAUCUACACAGAGGGCAUCUCACGAUUAGCUGCUGCCUUACCCAAAAACCGCACGCUACAGCAUCUGGAUCUGGGCCACAACCAGCUCGGCAUCCAUGGGGCCGAGCUCCUUUCGCCGGGCUUGCCGGGGUCAUCGCUGACAAGCCUGAACUUGAGCGGCAACAGAAUCUGUGGAGCUGGCGCGCAGCAUAUUCUAUUGAGCACCAAAGACGCAGGUGCGAUGGCUUACCUGGAUCUGGCUAUGAAUGAGAUUGGCUCGCAGGGCAUUGAGCUGAUGUGCCCGGCACUGGCAGAAAAUGGCACCGUGACGAGCCUGAACCUGGGAGGUAACCGCAUAGACGCGGAGGGCGCCGAACGUCUCUGCAGCGCGAUUUCUGAGAAUGCAGCGUUGCGCAUCUUGAUACUGGGAAAGAAUGAAAUCGGGGAGCAGGGUGCUGCUUCCGUGGCCGACAUGCUGAAGCGGAACGGUCGGCUGACAUGCCUGGACCUCACGGGCAACAGCAUUGGCGACGUGGGCACGAAGCACAUUGCCACUGCAAUCGAGACGCACCGGAGCUUCAAAAGCCUUGCCCUCGCUCACAAUGCUAUCUCUGACCAGGGCGCCGGUUUCCUGGCGUCUGCAGCGCACGUGGUGCCGCUGUGUUCCCUGGCUUUGGCAGGGAAUGCGAUUGGCGAUGAUGGAGGCACCCAGUUGUUGCAAGCAGCAGGGCAGAAUCCGGAGCUGGUGGCCAUAGACCUGCUGUAUAACAACCUCAGUCCUGAGAUGGCCGACUCCAUAGAGAAGCUCAUGAGCGAUAGGCCCUGGGCACCCUGGGCAACCCAGACAGUGACCAAGACAACUGCCAGGUGUGCGGUGGCUGUCAAGAUGCACACCUUCUCCUGCUUUGCGACGGAUGCAACGCUGGGCACGCGCAUGCAGCAUGUGCAGCAUGAGGAGACUGAGUCCAGGUGCGAAAAUGAGCGAGGCAUAAGGAAUCCUUCCCCACAAGUCCCCGCCUUGGACGCCGAGGCGUCGGUUGCCCCUGCUUCCCAGAUCUUCCAUGAAGCAUCACGUGCCAUCAUGUACCACAAGAAGCUUCUCAGGGUGAUCGACCUCGUCGUCGACUGCGUCCAUGCACAGGCAUACCUGGCGAUCCUCCCUGACCGACUCUGUUUCCGAGCAUUGUGCUUUGAGACGGUUCUAAGGCUUGAGCGCAAAUUGCUGGAACCUCAAGAGGAGUCUGUCUCCGAGGAGGCUGGCGCCCGAAGCCAGGCAAAUCAAAAUGAGACACUUCCUCGAAUAGAAGGGGAUGCCUAUUCCCUUGCGGACGAGCCAGAGCGAGGUGAUGUGAGCGGCGUUGUGCAGUCCUGUUUGGAGGGCUCCUUAUCCCUGAAGCAGGCAGUGAAGGACGAGGCAAUCGACCCAGAGGAGAUCAAAGCCAUCAUGGCCCGCCUCGGGCGUUGCGCCAGUGGAGGCUCCUCUUUGAUGAAGCACCUCUUCAUUGACCAGGAUGCGCCCUUCACCUUUCACGGCCAAAUGCCGGGUGAGGACAAGGACAAGAAGUUUGCAUUAAGGCCCUGGGCAGAGGCGGAUGCAGCCUGCACGCCGGCAGCCGAACGGGCUGCUGGAGCUUCUUCACCGGAUGAUACCGCACAUUUGCUGACAGAGGCAGGCCACUGCCUGGAGACCAUUGGCAGAGCCAUGGUGAUGACUCCAGUGCGCCAGGGCGGACUUUCCAGUGCUGUCUGGAUGACGGCUCCUGUACUUGCUGCACUCCGCCCACAAGCAGAGGCUCGGCUGCGCAAUGCGAGCUUCUUGUGA